AUGGUGAACAUCUUCGGCAUUAUCGUAUUUCUACGAAUGGGUUGGAUUGUGGGCACGGCCGGUGUAGGUAAUGCGAUUCUGCUUCUCAUCUUCUGUACAGCUUUGGCACUGAUUACCGUCUUCUCAGCUAUCGGAAUCGUGGAACGCUGUAAGAUUCAGAGCGGAGGGAUCUACUUUCUUGUUUCGCAUGUUCUUGGCGGUCGGCUCGGUGGUGCUGUUGCAUUGAUCUACGCUCUGGGGCAG